AGGAGAGCCACAGAGAUACUUCCUAUUGACGCAGCAGCAGCUUCCUGAAGCACGCAGUUGGAUUAAAAACAAAACAACAGACAGUUUUUCUCCAAAUUUCUCAUCCAGAUCCAGAGAUGAACAGCGUGGGGGAGGCGUGCACCGACAUGAAGCGGGAAUACGACCAGUGUUUCAACCGCUGGUUCGCGGAGAAGUUCCUAAAAGGGGACCAGGGCGGAGAUCCGUGCACAGAGAGCUUUACACGGUACCAGCGCUGCGUGCAGACCGCCAUCAAGGAGAAGGACAUCCCGGUAGACGGGGUGGAGUUCAUGGGGCCCAACAAGGACAAACCCGAGAGCUGAAGAAGAGGAAGAGGAGGAGGAGGAAGAGGAGACUGAUGGCCGCUGAUCCGGUGAUCCUGAGGUCAUUUAAAGGCCUAACAAGCGAGGAGAGCGUCCAUGUGCGUCCACUGAGCAUGCGCAGAAGGGACGGGACGCUGCAGGACAACACUGGAAUCUGAACUCUCUUUACUGUGUGUGUGUGUGUGUGUGUGUGUGUGUGUGUGUGUGUGUGUGUGUGUGUGUGUGUGUGUGUG